AUGCAAUCGAAGAAUAACAAAGCGAUAAUUGAGCGGAAACAGUCGGUGAUUCGUAAGCACCAAGAAACACGUUUGUGUUAUUAUACGUGCGCCAUUUUCCGACGAUGGGCCUACUUGAUUGCGGAUCAUACCACUUCAGCUAUUAUUGUUUGCAUUAUCGUUUCGAUUCUUUGUGCCAUCAAAGUGGCCACAACUCCUUACAAAAAUGAUCUUUUGGGUUUUGUUCCAUAUGGAGCAAGAUCUCGUGAAGAAUUUGCUAUUCAUGAUGAAUAUUUGAAUGCAAAUGGUCGUUCUGUGCUUAUGAUGGCGUUGAUUGUUGCUAAAGAUGGAGGAACAGUAUUAAAGGAUGAGAUUCUUCGUGAAGCAGUAAAGAAUGGCUUCACAGUGCAAAUGCAAUUGCUCAAUAGCAAUAUGUCACUUAAUAACCGAAUAGCUCUUGGUUAUCCAGUCACACUACUUUAUGGUAGAAAGAUGAAUAUUCAGUCGCUGCAAUUGUUUCAGGCAAAUUUUUAUGGUAUCAAUUUAGUGAACGAUUCAUCCAUGAAUGAUACGGACAUGAUCGAUACCAUUGCAAGCAUCUCAAAUAUGCGCUCUGCGAAAAUGAUUGCUCUCAUAUACCGAGAGUCAUCCACAGGUGGUUGGAGUGAUGAAGAGGUGAUAGAGUAUGAAAUGUCAAUUGUGAAGUAUUUUCAAAGAGUGUAUCAGCCAGAUCAUGUGAAAAUUUACUUGAUGUCUGUAUCGUUUCUGGAUCAUGAAAUAACAAGAGCUGGAUUGAGCAUGUUACCGUAUCUCAUUGUUGGCUUUGCUAUCAUGUCUCUAUGUUCAACAUUUUCAACACUGAUCAGUGCUGCAUAUAUGCAGCAAAUCACUAUACAUAAGAUCUAUUUGGCUAUAAUUGCUUGCAUAUGUCCUUUUAUGGCGAGUGCAACUGCGAUCGGUGUUUUAUUACUAAUGGGUGUUCGAUACGGAUCAAUUCUAUGCAUAACACCGUUUCUUGUACUUGCGAUAGGUGUCGACGAUGCAUAUCUGAUGAUUCACGCAUGGCAAGCGGUAACAAAGAGAUGCAGAAAUUAUCCAGUAAAGGGUGAUUGUGAAGCCUAUCGAUUGUCUGAGGUACUCGCUGAGAGUGGACCAGCAAUUUUGAUUUCUGCUCUAACGAACAUCUUCGCUGAUGCAGUUGGUACAUUCACGGGAUCACCCGAGAUCACCCUCCUUUGCUACGGUAACAUGGCUUCGAUAUUCGUGGAUUUCAUUUACCAGUUAACAUUCUAUUCAGCAAUAAUGUGUAUCGCAGGCCGAUUUGAAAUGGCAACCGAAACUGAACAACUCAAUAAACAUUCUAUUGAAAUCGGCGCUCAAAAUAGUACGAACCUGUCCAAUUGCUGUAAUCAGACAGCAUGUCAACUACACGAUAAUGUAAAACACAGUUGUGCUACUCUUUUGAAUGGCUAUGUGAAAUUAAUCACGAAUGGAAUAUUUGCAUUUGGUGUUUUUUGUGGUUGGAUUAUUUUUGUUGCAUUCUCUAUUAUUGGAAUUACAAGAUUGAAAAUUGAACUAACCACUGACAGGCUGUUCACACAGGACUCACCAAUGAUUGAAGCCGUACAUUUACGCACGAAAUAUCAAGCUUCUCAAUAUACAAUGGGCCAGUUUUACGUGAAUCAUCCUGGUGACCUCUCGAAUCCGAUUCGGCUUCAGCGAUUAAACGAAAUGGUUUCUGAACUGGAGCAUAUGGACUGUUCAUGGGGGCCUGAAAGUUCUAAUUAUUUCAUAAGAGACUUUUUAUCUUUCGAAGAAAUAUUUGCCGAAGAAGAAGAAGCAUUUAAUGAGCAACCCACAUCAACAGAAAAUAGUCAAACUGCAAUAACUUUCAAUGAAAAACACUUGAAACCAUUUCUGGAAUGGCCUGAAUAUGAAACUUGGCGAGGAUUCACCCAAAUCAAUGAGACCAGGCAAGUUUCAGCUGUUCGGGGAGACUUCAAUGUAUCAGUAUUCCUUGAUGAUGCAGUCUAUCUUGAUCUUAUUGAUAAUAUGCCAACAGACGCAUGGCAAUCGGCUGUUGGAACUUUAGCAUGCAUGGCUUUCAUCUGUUUCGUAUUCCUCUACGAUACGUUCACAGUCGCAGUUGUUUCAGCCUCAAUUCUCUCGAUCAUGACUGGAAUCAUUGGUGCAGCCAGCUGGAUGGGUAUUGAUUUGGAACCAAUUAUGAUGGCUGCAAUGCUAAUUUCGAUGGGUUUCAGCGUUGAUAUCCCAGCCCAUGUCUCAUAUCAUUAUAACAGUGCAGGUGCGCAGUACGACCGGCCAAUAACGGUUGAACAGAGAUUAAGGAUUUGUCUAUCAGCAGUUGCAUUACCCGCCAUACAAGCUUCAUUGAGUACUACUUUGUGUGUAUUGGGACUAUUAUUCAUUCCGCUUUACAUGGCUCAGGUGUUUGUUAAAAUAAUGGUUACGUGCAUAACAUUAUGUGUACUUCAUGGUCUUUUGAUAAUACCGUGUAUGUUCUCCUUAAUCGAUAUUGUUUUAUCAGCAUGUCACAUACGAAUUUAUGAUGCUUCAUCGUCAAACAAUUAA